AUGGCAAAGGGAACCAGGAUUCGAUCCAUUCCCAUCUCCAAUCAGCUGUCUGCGUUCAUAGUCUUCUUUCUGAAGCUUCAGCUAAUGAAUUGGAUGUCGACCCUGUUUGUCGUAAUCUUUCCCUUUAUCUUUUACAUUAUGCUGUAUGCUCUAAAAGAACUUCUCUAUUGGCUCACAGAGGGGGCCCCCUUGCGCAUAGGGUUGAUAGAAAUAGCAAUGACCCUUUUUGCCACCCCAGUGUCCCAGCCGCUGAAGACAAAUGCGAGUCUUCCGUACCUCAUCGACCAACAGAAGUACCACUUAACUAACGGACUUAGUAUCGGCCACUCAUUUAGCGCAACGUCCACGCCAGUCACCGGGCUCACGUUUGGCUCUAUAGGAAACUGCCACGGCACAACCACUGUCCUCAACGUUCUUCCCAUUAUCCAACUCAUUCCUAUUCCAGGCAUUAAGAUCUCUGCAGAUUCCUUGGGGCUCAAAACAUGUAAGGAUGGAACGCAGACAAACUACACGGGGAGUAUUCACAAUCUAUCCAUUAACAGCCAGCCCAUCAUCGAUUCUGCCAUUUUCACAGUUAUGACAGAGACCUUCUAUCUCCAGCCAGAGGAGCAGUUUUCUCUAAAUCCUGAGUUCUAUACCGUCAGAAACAAUCAGCUCAAUUUCUCAAUAAUGGGUCCACUAGAGAUCCACAAUCUCGACAGAUGCAACUUCAGCAUAUAUACACGCGAUUGCCCGCUAUUAGAGACCAACCAGGCUAUUGUGGGAGGUUCUACAAAUGUUACCGAGGACACGUAUCUCAAGUCAACCACUGACAUGGUGUAUAGAGCAUGGUACCAGCUCCGCUAUGCCUCUGGGACUCCAGAGCAAGGAGCUCCCGGCCUCCCCGAGGGUCUUCCGGUGGGGAAGCCCAUCCCACAGUUUAAGGUCAUCGACUAUGUUCUCAUCCCAGACGUCAGGUGGAUCACAGACGUUCUCAUGGAGCAAGGGAGCUAUCUGGUCUUGCUCUUCAUAGGGCACAUCGUCAUCCCAUUAAUCACUGUUCUUCUUGUUACGCAGGCAUGCACAGGUUUCACGAGUUUAAUCUAUUCAUCUGGCCUCCAUCCUGUCGUGUAUUAUUUAACGUUCUUUAUCUAUUACUACUUAGUGUCUCUUGCAAUGUCAGUUAUAAAUGUCUUCGCUAGCAUGGCAUUCUCGAUGGAUAGUGUUAACAAGUUGGGGGGCCUUCUCGUCAUAAUAACAUUUACCUAUCCAAUCUUUUCCAUCCCACUAGCAUUUGCAUUUGCAAUGGCCUUUAAAUCCGUGUUCUCUGCUGCAAUCAUAUCCUGGUUCAGUGUAAUUUUCGUUCCCCAGAUGAUUUUGCUUUUAUCUAAGGUAUUGCCGUUCAGAAUCAAUAUAUUGGCCUGGUUCCUGCCAUUUUCCUCCCUAUCUUACAUAACAUCAAGCAUCACCAUUGAGUCCGGGGCGAUAAACGGCAUCCUUGUCUUUUGUGCAAUCCAGUGCGCGAUCUAUGGACCGGUAAUGCUAUUCUUGGAGAUCUACCUCACUGCACGUGGUAUAGCGAAAAGAAAGGGGCUUCUGAAGUCUCAGCAGCUUGAGCAAGCCGAGCUGACGAUAGCAGAAGAUGACCAGGAGAACGUUGCCGUGAGUGUCUCCAACCUGAGCAAGACAUUCAAGGCUAGGUCAGGGUAUGUUCAUGCUGUGAAGAACCUUUCCUUCCAGGUGCGGACGGGGGAGAUUUUCUCCCUACUGGGACACAAUGGCUGUGGGAAGUCGACUACUGUGAACAUGAUUGCAGGGGCGAUUCCUCUUACGUCUGGGUCCAUUAAGCUCAAUGGGUAUUUGUGUUUUGCGCCUCAAUACGAUGUGCUACCGAACGAUACCAGGGUCGAUCAUGUGAUGACCAUGUUUGGACGAAUGAGGGGGCUGAGCAAAAAAGAGUGUGAGAAGGAGAUGGACGAGCUGCUCACCACUCUUAAUUUGAGACAAGUCAAACACAAGACCAUAAAGCAAUGUUCGGGUGGAUCGCAGAGACGGAUAUCCUUUGCGUGUGCAUGCAUUGGCACUAAGCCUCUUGAUGUUGUCCUUUGCGAUGAGGUGACCACUGGUCUGAGUCGCACAGAUGCCAUGGGUGUCUGGAACGUGCUUCUUGGGCUCCAGAAAAGAAAUAUCAGCGUUAUCCUUAUUUCCCACGAUCUUGACGAGGCAGAGAUGCUCUCCACCAAUGUCUUAUUCAUGUCUGGUGGUCGCGGCAUCAAGCAGGGGAAUCCUACGGAGCUAUGCAUGAGCACAGAGUACCAAAUAUGCAAGAUCAAGUCUUCUCACCCAAUUUCAGAGCUGGAGCCACUUGUAGCAGAUGGACGCAUCACGUGUGUGCACGAGGCCAACGACCUCAUCUACCAAAUAAAACUUGACAUCAUGACACCCGAGGAGGUGCUUGAUGUAGCCCUCAAGUACGAAGACUGUUUUGUUGAUAAUGUGGGUCUUGAGGAUGUCUUCUUUUCUAUUGAGUCAUAUUUACACAAAGAGCAAAGCGAAAGAUAA